AUGAGCACGCAAACUGAGGCUGAGGUGAAUAUUUCUGAGAUAAUCAGGAAGCAUGUAAAGGAUAUCUCUGUUCCAUCUGAGAUGUUCAGCAAGAUAGCCAUUCAGAUAGUAAUAUGUGACAAUGGAGAAAAGGUUAUGGCUGUUAAGGUCCCGAGGAGCAUUUUGCCUGGGGUGCAGAUGAAUUAUAGCAAUAUUAUCAAGGCAGCCAAGCAACAAUUCCAUGACUAUUAUAUAAUUUUCAUUAGAAACUUUGAGAUUGAAGCUCGGGAAGAUGGAAAUGCUGUAACCAAAUCGAUGGUUGAAAAGACAUGGCUGGCAAAUGCCUGCUUUCCGUUCCUGCUUACCGGGAUAAGAACAGAUGUGCGAGGGAUUAACGAUGUAGUUAUCAAUGUUCUUCUUGAAAGAAGGACAUCAUUUAGUAGGACCGAGAUGGAUGUGAUAGGAGCUGGGCUUAAUGGGCUACUCGGGAAGAAUUACGUUGUUGAUGUCAAUCAUCAUACCAAGAAUUAA